GUCAAAACAAGCCGGUCGUAGUGAAAACGCGCCCGAUGAAUGCACUCGGCCCAAGAAACAAAAAUACAACGGGAGUGAAUGGUUACGACUCCCUCAAGGUCUCGGCCGCCGCGCGGGGAUAUCGGACGGGCUGUUUUGCACGGAAAAACACCGUCGAGGCUGGACAGCGGCGAGCUGGACAGCCGGACCCAUCCGCCCCACUCGGACUCCGCGUCGGCAGGCCCCACGAGCCCCCCGUGUCCCCCGAGAAAGCGGGACAGCCGCCCCGGAGGAAUGCGCGAAAGGUCGGCCCGUCCGGACGCUGCAGUGCGCGCUUGGUCCAGGUAGCGCCCUGGCCCCGCUAGACCAUGAACUCAAGCUCGAGCGAGUGGUUGGGACUCCUGCACUGGGUCUCGGACCUGGACUACUUCAACUGGCUCGUCUGGCUCUUCACGCCUGUCGCCGUGGCAUUCCUGCUCCCGACGCUCAUCAUUCUGCUGUUGUACGUGUCGAUCAUCUUCCUGCACCUGUACCACUACCGGCGCUGGCUGAGGGACGCGUACGCCCGCGACUUCUGGGACGGGGCCCGCUACACCCUGGCCCUGUUGUGGUGUGGACAUGCCUGGAUCUGGCACAGCUACGAGGUGCAGGGCCUCGAGAACAUUCCGGAGAGCGGGAGUGCCCUGCUGGUGUACUACCACGGCGCCAUUCCCAUUGACUACUACUACCUGCUGGCCACCUGCUACCUGCACAAGCACCGGCUCAUCAGAGCUGUUGGGGACCGGUUCCUCUUCAUGGUGCCAGGCUUCAAGAUCCUGAUGGACGUGUUCAAGGUGUCCCCGGGCUCGGUGCAGAGCUGCGCUCAGGUGAUGCGGGAGGGCAACCUCCUGGCCAUUGCCCCCGGAGGCGUGCUGGAGGCCCAGUUUGGGGACGAGCGCUACCGGCUACUCUGGAAGAAGCGGCUGGGCUUUGCCAAGGCCGCCAUCGAGGCCAGGGCCCCCGUUAUCCCCGUCUUCACACAGAACAUCCGCGAGGCCUUCCGCUCCGUCUCCUUCGGCAGGGGGUUCUUCAAAAAAGUGUAUGACAGGACACGGCUACCCAUCGUGCCCAUUUAUGGAGGAUUCCCGGUCAAGCUCAGGACCAUUAUAGGCAAGCCCAUUCCAUUCGACCCUGGCGUCAGUCCUGCCCAGCUGGCACAGACGACUGCGUCUGCUGUGGAGGCCCUGAUUGCCACGCACCAAGAGGUCCCUGGCAGCAUCUUGAGGGCGCUGUUGCAGCGCAUCUACGAGAAGCCCAAGGCCUCCUAGCUCCCCGUCGGCCAAUUGUCCUCCUUCAUCCCAGUGAGAUUCCCCCAGUGAGAGAGAGGAUGUUCUUGUUUUUCUAUGUUGCAGCAUUAAAUCGUUUAUUGAACAAA